CGACCGACUGUGCCGCCACGAAACACGAGCAGGGAGCGAACCAGCAAUGCCACGGUGGUGCAGGUGGUGGAGGGCCUGGCGCCACGAGCAGCAGCAGCAGCAGCAGCAGCAGCAGCAGCAGCAGCAGCAGCAGCAGCGGCAGCGGCCCAGCAGCUGCGGUGUGCAUGUGCGUAGCGGAGGCGGCGAGCAAGGCCACGUGGAGGAGGACAGCGCGGUGUCGCCCAAGAAGCGGCGCCGGCGCGCAGGUUGAGGCCGGCCGGUUAGGCGCUGACUUAUCGCAGCGCAGUGGAGAUAAGUCUAGUUGUUGCGACGUAACUGCCGUGUUGCGUUAGAGUCACGCACGGCGCAGGACGCUCGGGUACGUGCCUGUGCAUGGGUCCGAGCUGGGUCUUGUACGCGUCCGGAGCACACCGCGCCUUAUCCGCCGUUGUGCUUCUGUACUGUAUUUCGGGUCGUCCCUCUGCCGGGACGGUGACACCCCCCCCCCCCCCCCUGGUGCCGCUGCGGAUUAAUGUGGUGGCACCCGUGGGCGCUGCGGCGUGGUUGUCUGGACUCUGCUGCUAUCAGGCACUUCAUACAUGCGACACACCCAGUACUGGCAGCACUUUCGGCCACUAGCGCAACCUCAACACGGGCGGGCUGGGGCGGGCACGGCGGACUUGGUGGGGUUAUCAGGAGCUGCGAGGCCGGAGCUAGGAGGCCGCUGGGGGCCACGUAUGAGUUGCUAGGCCGCUUGACGCAUGAGUGGAGGCUAUCGUCGGUUUGAGAGAUUGGGAUUGUCGUUUGGGGCCGUGGCGGUUUGGAACGCUACACGGCAGUAAGGAGUCAAUAAGAUCUUUGCUGGCGAGCAUAGCACCGCACAGUAUGUGGUAGGCCGCAGCAGUGAGGAGCGUUGUGGCUGGAGGAUGUCCUUCUGUUUGGUUGAUUGCUGGCUGUGCUUGUGAUUGACAGCGGGACGUGGCUGGACUCAUGACGGCGGGCCGUGUCUGUAUGGACCACAUUCGCGUUCGCAUUUCGACAGCACUCCGCGACCACCCCCGGCUAUGUCCGGGAGAUGAAAUAGACGCUUGCGGCAUCAGACUAGAGACGUGGCGUGGGCGCAGCCCACGUUUCCCAUGCGAGGGGAAGGUAUCGUGCCUCGAUCGCUUCGUCUUGGGGGUAGACGUGGGGCCGGGGCUCCUAUCUUAAUGUC